CACAUUUCCCGUCGUUCAACAACUUUUUUUUCUGCUCUCGUUGGCUGACGGGUACAACGUGACAUUUCCUCUCCAGAUGUGUCUUGUGCAAUGUGCAUCAGUCCUCCUGCUGUCCUCACACAGCUCCAAACUCCAAGGUCCAACUCUAAAGUUAACCAUCUGUCCCAAACGCAGACAGUCCUCUCUGACAGGUCGGCAGAUUAGUAACUGAUCAUCACGAAUAAAGAUGGGAGACUGGGGAUUCCUGUCGGGUUUGCUGGACAAGGUCCAGUCCCACUCCACGGUCAUCGGGAAGAUCUGGAUGGUCGUCCUCUUCCUGUUCAGGAUCAUGGUCCUGGGUGCGGGUGCUGAGAGCGUCUGGGGCGACGAGCAGUCGGGUUUCAUGUGCAACACUCAGCAACCUGGUUGUGAGAACGUCUGCUACGAUUGGACCUUCCCCAUCUCGCACAUUCGCUUCUGGGUCCUGCAGAUCAUCUUCGUCUCAACGCCAACGCUGAUCUACCUGGGCCACGCCGUGCACGUCAUCCACCAGGAGAACAAAAUGAGGGAGCGCAUGUUGAGCCCUGGUGGUAGCCGACCGCUCAAGAUGCCUAAGUACACAAACGAAAAGGGGAAGGUGAAGAUCAAGGGGAACCUGCUGGGGAGCUACCUCACACAACUGGUGGUCAAGAUCCUCAUCGAGGCUGCCUUCAUUAUCGGCCAGUACUACCUGUACGGCUUCAUCAUGGUCCCCAUGUUCCCCUGCUCCAGGAAGCCCUGCCCCUUCACCGUGGAGUGCUACAUGUCCCGACCCACGGAGAAGACCAUCUUCAUCAUCUUCAUGCUGGUGGUGGCCUGCAUUUCCCUGUUGCUCAACUUCAUCGAGGUGUUCUACCUGCUCUGCACCAGGGUCAAGUGCUGCUCCAGGCGUCAAACUCACAAGAUAACCUCAGCGGAAAACCCUGCCAGCCUGACAGGUCCGAGAUGGCCGAUCAUAGACGACGCCCUGAGGCAGAACAAGAUGAACAUCGAGCUGGAGAGCAGCCAGAGCAUCGGUGGAAGCCUGGAUGGGGCCAAAGAGGAGAAACGGCUGCUGAGUGGACAUUAAAAAAACAUUAUGAUGUGUUAAAUGAUUGUUAAGGGGUUUCUGGUUCCUUCUUCAGAUUCAUCUAAAAGACUCAAGUACAGUAGGGCGUACAAAUCAUGACACAACAACAAGGGAAGGCAUUGUUAAUGUGUAGUUAGGAAAUAUUGUUGUUGAGAAAAGUCUGCACAAAUCUGUCAUUUUUUAGCGGCACUUUGUUGGAAUUUUACAUUUAUUUUUUAUUAUUUAACAGGAAAUCUAAAGAUGGAAAGUGUGCAAUAUGGAUGGUGUUCUUAUGCUCUUCUUUUAGUGAGCAGAGUUUGGUCUAUGCCUGGUUUUAAAUGUGUCCUGUAAGUUAUUCCCUAAUAUCCAGAACUAAUGUUUUGCUCACAAUGAUUAUGAUGUCGAUGAUUGAGGUGUUUUCCACUGUAUGGCUGAAACAUGUUUAUGUGCUGUGCUGUUUUUAAUAAAUGGUUGAUGUUGGAUUGAAAAGAAAAACUGUUUUUAAUGACUGAAUAAAUGAUCUACACUUUCAA